GCGUAUCGCAUGUCGUGCAUCGCGCUGGUCCCUGCGAGAGCCGUAAAACAGUCACACCAGGACUACAUUCUCGAACGAUAUCCAACUAUCGUAGAUCCUGACUAAAUUCUGCAUGCACGGGAUGGCCGUUCUGAGACUUCUUUCUGGAUUAUCGGAUAGUUAAACUGUUCUGUAUAACAGAUUGAAUUGUUACAUUGUGUCAUAUUGUGCAUCUCAUACGCGGACACACACAUACCACGAAGCGAGAGAAAGGCGCUACUCUUGAUAAGCCGGGCGUGAUCGCUGGAAACGUCAAACUUGCAAAAGCGAAAUGUCGAGGAACGACGGUAAAAAGGAUACUUCGGCGUCCGCAUUUCGGAAGAUUGACGUGGACCAAUAUAGCGACAACAAUUUCAAGGAGGAAGACGCCGAUGGUGGCGUAGGCGCACCCACUGGCCCGGACGAGAACGAAAUUCUGACACUUCUUAGCCAGGGUAAGAACGCGGAGGCAUUGGUAUCAGUAUUAAAGUCCGCGCCUUUAGGAUGUAAAAACCAGCAAGUCAAGGAUAGUGCUAGAAACUUAACACAGAAAGUACUCCUAAGUAUAAAAUCGAAUCAAAUAGACGAUUGUUUAGCGCAAUUAGAUCGUGACUCAGUGGAUGUUCUAAUGAAGUACAUUUACCGAGGCUUCGAGAUACCAACGGAAGGUAGCAGUAGCCACCUGUUAAUUUGGCAUGAAAAAGUGUUCAACAUAAGCGGCGUUGGCUGUAUCGUCCGUGUAUUUUCUGACAGCAAGCGGGCUUGAAGUUUUGUACAUUUUGUAGUAACACCUUCAUUGUGACGAUUACUAUUAAUUCCUCACUGUUACUCAUUGUCAUUGUUGAUACGAUGAGGAUGUAGAUAGGCGAACCAUUCAUAUUUUCCAUAUGGGAAACCACCAAUUUUCCAUGGGAAAAUACAACAAAUUUGUGUACAUUUGUUAUUAAUAAAGUAAUUUUUAUUUCUUAUA